GAUAAAGAGCUACAUCUCGCUAGACUAUCUAUUAAAGUAAAGAGGAAAAAAAAAAGUGAAGCUAUUAUUGAUAAAGAACUGUUGAAAAACGGAAUUCGAAAAUCUGAUGAAUAUGAAAAUUUGAGCAAUAAAAAACAAUUUAUCGAAAAUUUUCAGAAAAAAUGGGUAAACAAAACCACUAUAGAAUCAAUUGCACAAAAGCUAUCUUGUUCGGUUGAUCAAGUUUUGGAAAUGAGAUGCAAAUACUUUUUAUUAGAAAAUCAUAUAGCCAAAACUGACAUCAAUAAUAGAAGUGGUCUCAAAUAUGAUUUUACAAUCUAUCACAAAGUUGAAAGUCUAUACAAUUUAAUUCGAAGUAAAUUCGUAGAGUUCCCAUUUUAUACUAGCUUUUUUUCUGGUCAAUAUGGUAAUGAACUACGAAAAAAACUAGAUUCAUUAAUAGAAUGGUUUAAAUUUGGAAAAGAAUACAAUCAAGUUGAAUUUGAUGUAUUUAUUAAUGAUAGACAAGUGAAUGAAAUAAAUACCAAAGCAUAUCCAGUAGUUAAUUUCAAAAAUCUGCCAAAACGCAUACAAGAUCUUAACAAAGAACUUCUCAAUAUUAUUAAUAAUACAGUUUCAAGUUACUAUCGUGAACGUUUAAUAGAAAUCAUUAAUAAUGUUGGUGUAAGAAAAGCAAAGACUCCUAUAAUACAAUAUAAUACAUUUAUUGAAAUUCAGCCCGGUUAUUACAGGCCAAAGGGUCAUAAUAUUAUUGCUGAUAUAUUACAACAAAUAUACUUAAAACCUAAUUCUAAUGUUAUUACCAAAGAAUCUUGUUCUCCGCUUUCUCAGAUUGAUUAUCUUUUUGAAGUAUUAGUCCCUGAGACAGCAGUCCAUCUAAUUAUGAAUGAUAUUAAAUGUACGUAUGAAGAAGCAAAGAAAGUUAUUGUUCAGAGUAUUGAAUAUAGAAACUGCAUUAAUUCUGAAGCUGAUGAGAUCAUUGAGAGUGAUUAA